AAAACUCGCUGGGUGGAACGCGGAAAUGACUUCCGAAACAUUUUUGUUGUUCUGCUGGACUUUCCUGUUUGUCCGAGUCUUUGUUUCUGCAGAGCAGAAAAACAUCACAGCUGAGUCUGGACAGGACGUCACUCUGACAUGUCGAGCUCCAAACAACAACAUCUUAGCUGUAAAGUGGAGCAGAGCUGACCUGGAGCCAGAACAUGUGCUUUUGUACCGGGAUGAGCACUUUGAUACAGAUAACCAGCAUCCAUCCUUCAAGAACCGGGUGGAUCUGCAGGACAGACAGAUGAAGGAUGGAGACGUGUCUGUGAUUCUGAAGGACGUGACGACUAAUGAUGAGGGAACAUACAAGUGUCGCAUCUUCAUGGCAGGAACAAAGAACGAAUUCAGCAGCAUCUACCUGAGAGUUGUUGCUCCUCCAGGUCCAGGAGGAGCACCUGUUGGUCUGAUUGUGGGUCUGAUCGUUCCUGCUCUGCUGCUUCUUCUUGUUGCUGCUGUUGGUUUUCGGAUCUACAGGAAACGUAAAGAACAGAAGCAGGAUCCAUACCAGCCUCCAGCUGAACUGCAGCCUGUUUGAGACGUCUCAGAUGUUCACAGCUGGACUGAGACUCUGCUGCUGCUCCAAACUCUCAGAGCUGUCUGUGAGCAUUCAGAUGAUCGGAGCACAGACAGCAGUCAGCUGUAGAUUUGAAAUCACUAUGUAUUUAUUUGAGUUUCCACGUUAGCCGCUGAUCUCAGUGUAAGUGUUUCUAUUAUUUGAAAUGUUCUGUCCGCCUUGGUUUAUGUGGACCAUCCAGGAAUCUUGAAGUAAGACUUAAAGAGUGAAUUUUGCUCAUUUAAAGCAAAAUCUUUCUGCCACUGAUGUCUAGAAAUGUGUUAUUUUUUUUCUUCGAGUGUUUGCGUGUAUUUUUGCGUUCAGUGUUGUCUAUGAUACAGCAUCAGAAUCAGUGUGUUUUAUCUUCAGCUGUGUGUGAGAUCAAACUUGUCCUGUGAGGUUUGAACCACACAAACUGAACCUCAUGCAGAGAUCAGCUGUUACAGUAUCAUUACACACAGACUGAACCAGCUGACAGUGAUCAGGACUGAUCACUGAUCAGAUACUGCUCAAUGGCAUCUGAGUUUACAAAGUGCCCUUUCAGUAUUAAUAAACCAAAGAGAAAUUAUUUCCAUGGAGCUGCAAUCAGAUGUUUCCUCUCUCUGAUCUGUGAGGCUUUAACUUCAUGAAGGAGACUCUUCAGUCUGUUUGUUACUUCAGUUUAAACUUUUCCAGAGCUGAUCAAAUACUGUUGAUUUAUUUAUUUUAAUUUAAUGAGUUUCUUCAUCAUUUAUAAAGUUGUCUAUGCACUGAAUGUCUUUCUUGAUCCAGUCUAUAUUCAUUUGUUUCUGUGGCUGUAAAGGUUGAUGGCUCAAUGCAAACUGAACUGAACCAACCUCCUGCAUGUAAAACAGACGUAUCCAAGAAGAACUCAAAUAAAACCUGAUAGUAAACCUGCUCUUGACCGUCUCCCUGCUGUAGACUGAGAUAAAGCUGAGAUCUGAGGCUGAUCCUGGAACAGGAAACAACAGGAUGGAGGAUCGUUCACAGAGAGGAAAUCUGGUCUAAAGCUGCUGUGAACAAAGAGAGAAGAAGCUCCUGCUCUGAUUAACUCUGAACUAGAUGUGACCCAUUUCUAUGGGGCCUCUCGGCCAGGUCAUGUUUGUAAAUGAAAACUGGUUCUCAAACAUUUGGUAAAA